CAGCCAGAAAACGACAAGAUGAACAUCUUCCGGCUGGCCGGCGACAUGUCGCACACGGCCAGCAUCCUGAUGCUGCUGCUCAAGCUGAGGGCGUCAAAGAGCGCCGCAGGGAUCUCGCUAAAGACGCAGGAGCUCUUUCUCGUAGUGUUCGUGACCCGAUACGUUGACCUCUUCUUCCGAUUCAUUAGCUGGUACAACAGCAUCAUGAAGGUGCUCUACAUCACUCUCACCAGCCUCAUCAUCUACAUGAUUCGAGAGCACAUUCCCAUCAAGGCGACCUACGACAAGUCGCAGGAUUCGUUCCUACACUGGCAAUUUGCGGUGGCACCAUGCGCCGCGCUGGGGCUGCUUAUCCAUUCUUGGAGCUGGUGGACUGUGUCGAUGCCGUUCUCCUCCUUAAUUAAUUUCUUUUGGACAUUUUCGGAGGUGCUGGAACCAUUCGCGAUUGUCCCUCAGCUCAUGGUUCUGCAGCGGUACAGAGAGGUGGAGAACCUAACAGGGCACUACGUCUUCCUGUUGGGGGCCUAUAGGUCACUCUACAUCGUCAACUGGGUGUACCGUGCGCACUACGAGGCCGGGUACCAGCACCACGUCUUAGUGUACAUUGCCGGCCUGGUGCAGACCCUGCUCUACGCAGACUUCUUCUACUACUAUGCCAUUAGCAAAUAUUACGGCGGGCGCAUGUCUCUGCCGGCUUGAUCUUGGUCAACCAUUGGAGCGGGAUUUUUGUCGAGCUGACACGGCGACAACAACGGCGGCCACGGCGACGU